AGGAAGUAGAAAUGAAAACAGAAGGUGUUCGAAGGGGAGCACGACCCCAGCACUUGUUUGAAAAUUAAAUAGCCGUAGGUUUUGCAGAUCAGGAGAAACAACACAUUUGGAGACACCUUUAGCGCACCGUCAUUCCAGCAGGAAUAACUGACGGUGAUAAAAGCCUGUGCGUCAUGAUCAUCCAUUGAUGGGAAUAAUCAGAAAUCUUGUCACAAAUUUGACUGUAAUUCGCCAGACUUCAAUUAGAAACCAUCAAAAGAUAAUCAUGUCAAGAAGACUUCAUGCACGCAGAACAGAUGGUGUCGAUAAAAACGUUUGGGUGGAAUUCACACAACUGGCAGCAGACUACAAAGCAGUGAACCUUGGACAGGGAUUUCCUGACUUCUCCCCUCCCAAGUUUGUCCAGGAAGCUUUCUGUAAAGCAGUGUGUGGAGGGCCCCUGAUGCACCAGUAUACCCGAGCUUUUGGGCACCCCCGUCUUGUGAAAAAUCUGGCUAAAUUCUUUGGUAGGAUUGUGGGACGUGAGAUUGAUCCUCUUGAAGACGUCCUGGUCACAGUUGGAGCUUAUCAGGCUCUCUUCUGUGCAUUUCAAGCUCUGGUUGAUGAAGGGGAUGAGGUCAUAAUUGUUGAGCCCUUCUUUGACUGCUACCAGCCAAUGGUGCAGAUGGUUGGAGGAAAGGCAGUGUAUGUACCUCUGAGGCCAAAAGCCGAGGGCAGCGCCAUCCUGUCAAGUGGAGACUGGGUUCUUUCUGCUGAGGAGCUGGCCAGUAAAUUCACUCCACGCACAAAAGCCAUUGUUAUCAACACUCCCAACAACCCUUUAGGCAAGGUUUACAAGACUGAAGAGCUCCAAAUGAUUGCUGAUCUGUGCAUCAAACAUGAUGUGCUGUGCAUCAGCGAUGAGGUGUACGAGUGGCUGACUUAUGAUGGAGCCAAGCAUGUAAAGAUAGCCAGCCUUCCUGGGAUGUGGGAACGAACCAUCACUGUUGGCAGUGGUGGAAAGACCUUCAGUGCUACUGGUUGGAAGGUUGGCUGGGCCAUCAGCUCUGGGCAUAUCAUUAAACACAUGAAAACCAUUCAUCAGAACAGUGUUUACCACUGUGCUACAGCUGCUCAGGAGGCAGUAGCUGAGGGAUUUGAGAGAGAAUACGAACUGUUCGGGACUCCAGAGAGCUACUUCCAGCAGCUGCCGGCGAUGCUGCACCACAAGAGAAAGAAGCUGGCCUCGUGUUUGGAGAGUGUGGGUUUACAGCCCAUCAUGCCAGAGGGAGGCUAUUUUAUGAUUGCAGACAUUUCCUCCGUCAAGGUGGACUUUAAACACCAGAGCACUGAGGAUGAACCCAAUGACAUCAAAUUUGUUAAAUGGCUAACCAAAGAGAAGGGUUUGGCAACAAUCCCUGUCUCUGCAUUCUACAGUCCAGAGCACAGCAAGGAGUUUGACAAAUACAUCCGAUUCUGUUUUGUCAAGGAGGACUCCACCCUGGAUGCAGCAGAAGACAUCUUGAGAAAGUGGAGUCAUGGACAAUAAAGUAUCCCACGAUAAGAAGCAUUAUCCGUCCAUUCAGAUUUCACCAGGCUACUUUAACUGGCAUUGGUUGCCUCAUCAGUUAAAACGAGCCAUAUUGAGAUUUUCUGCGUGCGUCACAUCAGGGGUACUUGAAAGCACACGUCCACUUUCAGUUUGUUAAGCUGCAAUUAUGAAAACACCCUUGAGUGUUCCUGUGCAAUGAUAUUAAACAGAAAACUGUGAAAGAAAUAUUUUUCGAUAUUAGAAGCAUUUCUCCGUGAUUAUAAAGGAUAUAUUUAGGCGUAUUUUUUAACCUAAAUGUUGUACUUCUGCUGUAUGUCAUAUUUUUGCUGCAGAGAUAUUUGUCCUGAAUCAAACUCACAAAACAUUCAAUAAAUCUUUAAAUGAAUCCACA